AAUAUAGGCCCAUUUCAUCAGCUUCUUCUUCUACGCCCUCAUCGUCUACCUAUCCUCUUCUUUCUGCCACGACCUUCCAGUACCCAUUCCAGUGGCGGCCACCUGCCGAGCUCCUUGAGGCUGCUGCACGGCGGUCCCACCUCCAAUGGCGUCGCCCUCCCUCAACCUCGUUCUCUCGCCGCCGCCGGUGGCCUCCUCCUCCUCCUCCUCGCAAUCACCUCCCCCUCGGUGGUUUUCCUCCAGCUUCCAGCCGGCCCUUUUCCCUCGUUCCUCCUCCUCUCCGGCUCUCUCACGCUGUGUAUGCAGAGCGGCGAUAAGAAUUGGCGACAUUCGGCUCCGGAGGCGGUCUCAUAUAGUGCGGAUGGCUCCGGAGGAGGAGAAGAUGACCCGCCGCUCCCCUCUCGAUUUCCCCAUCGAAUGGGAAAGGCCGAAGCCUGGCCGUAGACCUGAUAUAUUCCCCCAGUUCAGCCCAAUGAAAACGCCGUUGCCACCCCCUCUGCCUGCAGAUCCUCCUGAAGAGGACGAAGAAGAGGAAGAGAAGAAAGAGGAAGAAGAGGAAGAUCCCGAAAAGGAGGCAGACCCAGAAAAGCCUGAAAAGCAAUAGACUGCGAGGAGUUAUAUUUUCAAUUAGGCUCGCAAAACCCACGAGGAGAAGUAAUCCUUUCUGUUGGGCUCACAGGCUGAUAAUUUUGCGUGCUUAAGCUGUGAACGAACUUAAUGAGGCUUCCUUUAGUGGGAAGCGACGUGUCGAGGCAGAGCUUGUAUUGACUGUAACCUGUUUCACAGCUCUUACUGGGACUAUGUACGAGCAGAUUUCGCUUGUAAUUUGUUUGCCAUACUUUGAAUAAUAGGGGAAAUAUGCUUGGCAUGGAGCUAGUCUAUUAACAUAUUCAA